AUGAUGCCUCGUGUUGUACUACAGAUUAAGCCAUACACAAGAUCAAUGAGCGUCGAGGCGAUUGUGGCGAUAUUGGCGACGAUGUCGGGAAUUAGGAGUGUGCACUUGAUACCAGACAGCUCCGCACUUUUCUUUUCGACCGAAUCUUCGUCGGAAAAUGGAGCAUUGGUGACCGAUUGUAGCUCAGGAGCUACCCCAUCAUUGCAUCGUGUUAUCGUGCGUGGAGAUAAAUCGUUGGACCCAGACAUUUUUCUGACACCGCUGAGAAGUCUCAAUGUUGCUGAGAUUAAUGUAAUUGAACAAACGUCAACGGAAUGGACGCGAAAAGAAGUAGUGCUACGGGUGCCUGAUAUGAUGUGUCCUGGAAACUGCGGUUCAUCGGUGCUCAACGCAGUGCGGGUAGUGGACGAGGUGGAAGCCGCCAGGUUACGCUUUGAGCAUCGUCAAGUCGUUAUACGCGGAGAUAUGAACGUCGAUGAUCUCUGUGCGGCCGUACUAGACGUUGGUUUCGACUCGGAAGUUGAUGCAGAAACUCCACUACCUCGUCGAUUUCGUUUCCGCGUGGAUGAUCUGAGUGACGUGGGAUUCAACGGUGUGAAGCUAGAAGAAGCCUUGAGAGCUGUUGAGGGCGUUGAGAAUCUCGUGCUACUUACAGAUCGCGUUGAAGUUCUAGUGGUAGCUAUGCUGUUGGACCCCACUCCGCUUGUGAAAGCUGCUGGGCGUAUUGGAUUUAAGAUGCUUGAGCUGUCCGAAGAAGCCUGGGGAAUACCGGUGGAAGUGGUGCCAUCACCUCUUGUACCUUCGACUCAUGAAGAGGCCAAUACAAAAGAGUACCAGGAGAAUCACAAGUGUAAUAUGCGUAUUUGCCCGCAAAUUGGUUGUCCAAGGUACAUGACGACUGUUGCUCAUACUGCAGCAUUAGCUGUUGGCUGGGCUGUACCAGGCUGUGGGAUGUACUCUGGAGGAGAAUGUACAUGCGGAGAUGAUUGCAAGUGCGAGGGCUGCCCCGAGCAUAAUCCUGCAUCUUGA